CCCCCGCCGGGCUUCAUGCCCCCCGCCCAGCACGCCCAGCAUGGAGGUGGUGGGGGACUUCGAGUACAGCAAGAAGGACCUCGUCGGGCACGGAGCCUUCGCCGUGGUCUUCAAAGGCCGGCAUCGCAAGAAAACUGAUUGGGAAGUAGCUAUAAAAAGCAUUAAUAAAAAAAAUUUGUCAAAAUCACAAAUACUUCUUGGAAAGGAAAUUAAGAUCUUAAAGGAACUUCAGCAUGAAAAUAUUGUGGCUCUCUAUGAUGUUCAGGAAUUGCCCAACUCUGUUUUUCUGGUGAUGGAGUAUUGCAAUGGUGGAGACUUGGCAGAUUACUUACAAGCUAAAGGAACUCUCAGUGAAGACACCAUCAGAGUGUUUCUGCAUCAGAUUGCAGCUGCCAUGCGAAUUCUACAUAGUAAAGGAAUCAUUCACAGGGAUCUCAAGCCCCAGAACAUCUUAUUGUCUUAUGCCAGUCGCAGAAAAUCAAGUGUCAGUGGCAUUCGUAUCAAAAUAGCGGACUUUGGUUUUGCUCGUUAUCUGCAUAGUAACAUGAUGGCUGCCACACUGUGUGGAUCUCCUAUGUAUAUGGCUCCUGAAGUUAUUAUGUCUCAACACUAUGACGCCAAGGCUGACCUGUGGAGCAUAGGAACUGUGAUCUAUCAAUGCCUGGUUGGAAAGCCCCCUUUUCAGGCCAAUAGUCCACAAGACUUGAGGAUGUUUUAUGAAAAGAACAGGAGUUUGAUUCCUAGUAUCCCCAGAGAAACAUCACCAUAUUUGGCUAAUCUUCUCUUGGGUUUGCUUCAGAGAAAUCAGAAGGACAGAAUGGACUUUGAAGCAUUUUUUAGUCAUCCUUUUCUUGAACAAGUGCCCGUUAAAAAAUCCUGCCCGGUGCCAGUGCCCAUCUACGCUGGUUCAGUUUCUGGCAGUUCUUGUGGUAGCUCUCCAUCUUGCCGCUUUGCUUCUCCGCCAUCCCUUCCAGAUAUGCAGCACAUUCAGGAAGACAACUUAUCUUCCCCACCCUUGGGUCCUCCUAACUAUCUCCAGGUCUCUAAAGAUUCUGCCAGUACUAGUAGUAAGAACUCUUCUUGUGACACCGAUGACUUUGUUUUGGUUCCACAUAACAUUUCAUCAGAUCACUCAUAUGAUAUGCCAAUGGGAACUGCUGGCAGACGGGCUUCAAGCGAGUUCUUGGUGUGUGGAGGAGGUUUUUUAGCUGUUUCUGGGAGCUCAGGAACAUUACAAAAUCCUUCUUCAAACUCUGCUCGAUGUAGCCCUUCUAGUUCAGCCACCAGACCAUGUCAGCCCUCCCCAUCACCUCACAGUGAGACAGCACCUAUUCCAGUGCCUACUCAGUUAAGGAAUUAUCAGCGGAUUGAGCAGAAUCUCUCCUCAGCCAGCCCUGGGACAAACCCCCAUGGUUCUCCGAGAUCUGCAGUGGUACGAAGGUCUAAUACCAGCCCUUUGGGCUUUCUGAAGAUGGGCUCCUGCUCUCCAGUACCUGCAGACACAGUACAGACUGCUGGGCGUAGGCUGUCCACAGGGUCCUCCAGACCAUACUCUCCUUCUCCAUUAGUUGGCACUAUCCCCGAACAGCUUGGCCAUUGCUGUUGUGGACAGCUGCAGGGUCAUGACUCGAGGAGUAGAAAUUCUUCAGGUUCUCCAGUACCACAGUCACAAUCACCGCAGUCUCUUUUGUUGGGUGCUAGACUUCAGAGUGCCCCCACGCUCACUGAUAUCUACCAGAACAAACAGAAGCUUCGAAAGCAGCAUUCUGACCCGGUGUGCCCAUCCCAUGCAGGAUUUGGAUAUAGUUACUCACCACAGCCAAGUAGGCCAGUCAGCCUUGGGACCUCCCCAACCAAGCACAUGGGAUCUUCUCCUAGGAGCUCUGACUGGCUAUUUAAAACUCCUUUACCAACAAUCAUUGGCUCUCCCACUAAGGCCACAGCUCCUUCCAAGAUCCCUAAAACCCAAGCGUCUUCCAAUUUGCUAGCCUUGGUUACACGUCAGGGACCAACAGAUGUGCCAGCUAAAGAUGUGAGUGACCCCCGAGAGUUCUCACAUUUUCUCUCAGCCCAAGGAAGUGAAAGGCAGGUGGCUGAGCAGCAUAGCAAGGCCACAUUUGGCAGAUCUGUAAGUACUGGGAAAUUGUCAGAUCAACAAGUAAAGAUGCCCUUGGGUGGGCAGCUCUAUCAGGGCAGUACAGACAGUCUCAACACAGAACGACCAAUGGAUACAGCUCCUGCAGGAGCCUGUGGCGUUGUUCUGGGACCUCCUGGGGCCACUGGAGCUAGUUCUAGGGCUGUGAUGUUUACGGUAGGAUCUCCUCCUAAUAGUGCUACGCCUCCUACUUGCACCCAAAUGGUUCUUCGUACGAGGACGACUUCAGUUGGGUCAAACAGUUCUGGAGGGUCUCUCUGCUCCACCAGCGGCCGUGUCUAUAUGGGCUCCCCUCCGGGCAUUUAUAUGGGUUCUUCUCCGCCGGGAGCAGAGGCAGCACCAAGCCUGAAGUAUGCACCUUAUGGGACGUCACCUCCCAGCUUGGAGGGCUUUAUCACUUUUGAAGCUCCAGAACUUCCAGAAGAAACUCUCAUGGAGAGGGAGCACACAGAUACAUUGCGCCAUCUGAAUACAAUGCUGACGUUCACUGAGUGUGUGCUGGAUCUGACAGCCAUCAGGGGAGGGAGCCCCGAGCUGUGCACGUCGGCAGUGUCACUGUAUCAGAUCCAGGAGAGCGUGGUGGUGGAUCAGAUAAGCCAGCUGAGCAAAGACUGGGGACAAGUAGAACAACUGGUAUUGUACAUGAAAGCAGCCCAGCUGCUCGCGUCAUCUUUGCAUCUUGCCAAAGCCCAGAUCAAGUCAGGGAAACUGAACCCAUCGACGGCUGUUAAACAAGUUGUCAAAAAUCUGAAUGAGAGGUAUAAAUUCUGUAUCGCCAUGUGCAAGAAACUUACAGAAAAGCUGAACCGCUUCUUCUCUGACAAGCAAAGAUUCAUUGAUGAAAUCAAUAGUGUGACCGCAGAGAAGCUCAUCUACAAUUGUGCCGUAGAAAUGGUUCAGGCAGCAGCCCUUGAUGAGAUGUUUCAGCAGACGGAGGAUAUUAUGUAUCGUUAUCACAAAGCAGCUCUCCUUUUGGAAGGCUUAACAAAAAUCCUGCAGGACCCUGCAGACAUUGAAAACGUACACAAAUAUAAAUCUAGUAUUGAAAGAAGGCUGUCUGCACUCUGCUAUGGUGCAGUGACUGUCUAUGAGCCAUAGCCUCUCCCAUGGACUGAGCAGCAGUGACAUUUAGAGGGGUGGGGGCCGGGGCCCUCCUCCGGGGAGGAUUGGUGACUACCAAAGAGAAUACCAUUGAUGCAGAGAAGAACAAUGGCCCCUGAACUGUAUUUGUGGGGAUGGUGUACUGGAUGGAGAAGACACCCCCCCACCCCUUUCCUUUUUCUCUCUUAGAAACAGGAGAGAAAGACUCUACCUGGGCUUCAGUCUCGACUUGGUAAGUGUGCCUUGGACUGAAUGAUGGAUCAGUGCAGUUGUCCUGCCUGAGGAUCUUGGGGAUCCUCCCCCAGCCCCCAGCAAUGAGGGAGAUGCUGCUGGAAGUGGAGUCUCCUUCAAAGUUUGCCUCUCAGACUGCCAGGAAAUGCCCAAGGCAUACAGUAGGAAGGGGCAGGUCUGACUCUUGGGGUGAGGUUGGCUCAGGCCACGUGCAUCCAGAAAGGGAUAAACACCGUCUGGAGUCCUGGAUUUGCUCUGACGUGGCUACAUGCUUUAUUUCCUUCCAACAGAUUUCAUGUUGCACUAAUUUACUAAAGCAAUUGUAUUGGACUUUGCAGAACUAUUAAUUUAACACCAGAUAAGGCACAAUGGACUUAACUCCAAAAAAGUUUCAUUUUAUUGUAAAUAAAUCCUUUGCAGAAUUUCAAAUGUAACUUCUAGGAGAAUUUUAAACAGAUUGUAAAAACUUAUAUUCAUGUGACCCUUUGCCUUUUUUUACCUAUUUGUCUACAGCUACCAAUUUUUUCAGUAAUGGAAAUGUUUUAAGUUCCUGGUUUGUUUUUGCUUUUCCUAUAUAAGGCUUGGUUGCCUUUUUUGUUGUGCAUGCAGAAUGUGCAUUAAUUAGCGCCUGUGAUCUCAAGGGGUGUGUUAAAAGCGCUCUCUGUCUACAGCUUCUUGGGCAGUAUUAGAACCAGUGCUGGAAAUUGAGGGGCUCUCCCAGAAUGUUGGGGCCCGAACCAAGGAUGGUCAUCUAGAUGCUUGUUAGUGAUGCGGGCUUUCUACAUCAAGUUUAUGAAAAAUCAGGUUUGUUUUUUCUUAAGGAAGUAGGGGUGGGGGCUCCUCCACCUGGGUGGGCACUUUUCAUUUCAAGCUUAGUUCUUGCAGCUUACCAAAUAGUAAGGCCUGGAGUGUUUAGGCAAGUUACCUGAAGACUCCUCUGGAAAUGGUUCCAAUAUUGUAUUUUAUUUUGUUUUGGUUACUUAACUGCUUGAAUACUUGAAAGAAACCAUUCUCCAGAACAAAAUCAUUUUAAUCCUUUUAGAUAACGUGGUCUGAACUCUUUGACAAAGUUGUACAGUAGCUCUGGCAUCGAUAGCGUUUUAGUGUACUGAUGAAAACCAUGAGUUUCUCUUUACUUUGACAAAGUAAUGUAAUUUUUACCUUAUUUAUCUGGAUGAAAUUCCAACAGUUAAUUUGAACGUUUAUUUAUAUAAUGUUUGUAUUUUUAGGUCUUUAAUACAGUGUUUCUACCUCUCAUUUGUAACAGCAUGCAUUCUUCUGGAAACUAGGGAAUAACUCACUGAACUAUUGUGUGAGAGCCUUUUUAUUAUCGCCUGUAUAAAUGUAUAUUAAGGUAAAAUAAAACUGACAACGGUUUCUAGGUGCA